AUGAUUGUGGUCAGAAGUCAGGAGCAAAAUGAAUGGUCCGAAUAUUUCAAUGCCCAUCAGGUGCUCGCUAUUGGACUCAUAGCAUCCCAUUUGGGUUUAGCGCCUAAAAUACUGGGCGUAUUUGACAACGGGAUCAUUAGUGAAUUCAUUAAUUGCCGGUAUUUCAGCGGUAGUGAUGAUCGCAACCCGAGAGCAGUGGCACUAUUAGCGCAACGGUUGGCCCGAUUGCACACAACGGAAAUGCCGGUCCCUAAAGACAAAUCGCAUGAAUUUAUAAACAAUAUUUUUGGCAUCAAAUGGUUUGAUGAAAGACAGAGACAGUCAUUACGUGAGGGAAAGGCUUAUCAGGAAAUACAGAAACACCGAUACGAGACGUUUCAGACAUUGGAUCUGUUGGCAGAGAUGUCGUGGCUUAAGAAGAUUGUGGUCGACCUCAAGAGUCCGAUUGUCUUCUCUCACAAUGACUUCAAUCGCAAAAACAUUUUAAUGCGCGAAACGAAUGAUGAAAACUCGCAACAAAUGGACAUUUAUUUUAUUGAUUUUGAUUUCUCGACGUAUAAUCAUAGGGGCAUUGAUUUUGGUCACUAUUUUAGUAGUUGGGGUCAAAACGAUGCACAGUUUGGUUUGGCUGACUACCCGACCGAUGACCAGAUGCUGGUCUUCAUCGACGCCUAUAUCCGUGAAAUGACAGCAAUUAAUGGCAACUCUUUUACACAAUUGGAGAUCAAUUCACGACAAAGGCUUAUAAAGGAGGCGAAAUGGUGUAUAUAUCAAGUAGAGUAUCAGGAUCAAACCGAGGCAAUGAUUAAUGCUGAGAAGAGGUUUAAAUGCUAUCAUAAUCUGAAGAAACAAAUACAAAAAGAAAACGAUAAGUGUUCCUUAGGAGUAGGUGUUCCUCCAAGAGAGAGUAAAGUUAAAAAUACAGACCAUAAAUAUAAUAGAGAUGAGUUGGCGAUGGGUUGGUGUGACUUGAGUUACGGCCGAAAGGGUCUGUUUGGCCGAAAUCGUGAGCCGAACACUAUUUUGCACGCAUUGAACGGUAGAAUCGCUUUCCACUCAUUGACGGCACUCAUGGGUCCGUCGGGUGCGGGAAAGUCAACGCUAUUGAAGUGCGUGAAUAUGCGCUCAAACAGAGGUCUCAGCGCAGAAACACAACUCUUUGUCAACAAAUCAACUCAAUUGAGGACCGCUUUUAUUAUGCAAUCAGAAGACGAACACAUUCUCAAUGGAUUAACUGUUAGAGAAUCCCUAGUGUUUGCCUCAAAAAUCAAGAACAGAGUGACCAUUAGUCACAUCUACAACAGACCCGUCAAUAUCGCUCCGUCGGCAGCGUUUGAAAGCGACAAAACGGCACUCGAGUCGGGGUUUGGCUUCGGACAGGAGUUGGAGCCGCUGGACAUCGACGGCAAGUUUGAUCACUCUAUGAAUGUCAGGCGUCUAUUGUCUGAACUACUACUGGAGGACUGCGCGGACACAACUGUCCAGCGAUGCAGUGGUGGAGAGCGGAAGCGCCUGACAGUGGGUCUGGAAUUAGUACAACAAACCAAACCCAACCUCUUAUGUAUUGACGAACCGACGAGUGGUUUAGACAGCAAUUCAGCAGAAAUUAGUACUGUAAUCCAAUGUUUGAAACAUUUGACUGAAAAACAUGAGAUGGCAAUCGUCACGUCAAUACAUCAGCCAAACUCUCUAAUCCUAUCACUCUUUGACCAGUUGUAUGUCCUGUCAAAGGGUGGUCACUGUGUAUACGCCGGUCCGUCCGCUCAGAUCAGGGCACACCUCAACAGUUGCGGCAUUGCCUGUCCGGUAGAGUUCGCACCCAUUGAGCUCAUGCUGAAAAUCGCGUCCAAAUUUCCAAACAAAGCUUUAUUAACCGUCGGUUACGUAUCUAUUGAGAGAUCACCGUGCGGCGAAGGGAUUGAAGAGUCGGGCGAUGCCAUCGAUAGACUAAUUGAGAGAACAAAGCAUUUGACAAAUGAGUUACGAGACGAAUGUCGACGAGACGGACAAUUGAUUUCAAACGAGUACUAUUAUAACUCAUUGAAAGUCAAAUACGAUUAUAUGGCGAGUCUGGCGCUGUUAAUAUUUUGCAUGGCAUUAACGAUUGCAUUCAGCUAUGUAUACGACUUCGAUGUCGGUCAGCGCACCGCCUGUAUUGACCGGUUAAUCGCCCACAACAACACCCAAACGGCACAUGAGUUGUACGCCAGGCGGGCAUUAAAAUUGGUGUCCACCGAGUUAUCACUGAUGGACAACAUUAGAUUGUUGUUUUAUGGACACGUGUCCAUUGGCCUGAUGUCUGUAUUUAUGAACGAACACCGAAACCGGUGGUACUCAACCGGCGCCUACUAUUGGAGCAAAUGUGUCGUUGAAUUACCCGUAUUAGUGAUUAUUGGAGUCAUCUAUUCAACAAUGAUGUACUUCAUCAGCGAUCAGGAGUCGGACGCAUUCCGGUGGGCGUACUUUACAAUGAUCGCGACGGGAGGAAUGUGUAUCGUUGCGGGUACGGGCAGUAUAUUUGGCAUAAUAUUUUCCACUAAUUAUCAAUUGGCGGCGACAUUAGGUAUCGGCUAUUAUAUGCUAUCUUACGUGAUAAAUGGUUUCUCUCUACGACUCACAACCGCCGAGUGGUUCACCCGUAAAUUGAAUGAUGACGAUAUGUGGGAAAAUGUUAACUGGAUGAUAGGUCAUUUGGUGGUUACUCGCUUACUCGCACUGUUUGCUUUAAUGCUGAAAGUUAGUGCAACCUCUCCAAAGGAAACGAACAGCUGCAUAGCCAAAAUGUUUCUUAUAGAGAGGGUUUCUCCAAAGGGAGGCCAUAAGUAUAAUGUGAAUGAGUUGGCGAUGGGUUGGUGUGACUUGAGAUACGGCCGAAAGGGUCUGUUUGGCCGAAAUCGUGAGCCGAACACUAUUUUGCACGCAUUGAACGGUAGAAUCACUUUCCACUCAUUGACGGCACUCAUGGGUCCGUCGGGUGCGGGA